AGGGAAUGAAUGCAGGCGUACAGCACAGAGAGCGAUCAUGACUCCUGCUUUGACCCCUGAAGAGGAGACGCCAGCAUCUACAGGGUGAUUGACAGCUGCGCCUUCUGGACUCAAGUAUGCCCGUUAUGCCAGUGGGUGGGGCAUCCUCCUCCCACAACACUGUACCUGUUGCGCUCACCUGCUCCUUGCUGAUUCUGCUCUUUCACUCAACUUUUGGUCAGAAACCAGCCAAGCUGCCUCUGAUUGGCCGAAAGCCCUUUAUUGCUGCCUGGAAUGCCCCACUGGACUUGUGUACCAUCAAGUACAACAUCACCACCAACCUUGAUCAUCUCUUCCACAUCCAGGGGAGUCCGCGUGCUGAUUGGACAGGCCAGAACGUCACAAUUUUCUAUGCCAACCGGUUAGGCUACUACCCCUACUACACCUCGCAUGGCAGCGCGAUGUAUGGUGGCCUGCCUCAGAACUGCAGCUUGGACCGGCACCUGCUGAAAGCCUACCAGGACAUCAACCACUUCAUUCCUGCAGAGGACUUUCGUGGCCUGGCUGUCAUUGACUGGGAGUUCUGGCGGCCUCAGUGGAGCCGUAACUGGCACAAAAAGGAUAUCUAUAGACGCAAAUCAAAGGAGCUGACUAUGAAGGCAUAUAUCAAUGUGACUGCCGCACAGGUGGAGGAGCUGGCGCGGCGGAGGUUCGAGAAAAGUGCCAAGAUGUUUAUGCUGAGGACCAUUCAGCUGGGGUCAUGGCUUCGGCCCAAUGCCCUCUGGGGUUUCUACCUCUACCCUGACUGCCACAAUUAUAACUUGCAUGAUCAGAACUACACAGGCUUCUGCCCUCUGCUGGAGAGGCUGAGGAAUGAUGAGCUGGUGUGGCUGUGGAAUAGUAGUAUGGCACUCUAUCCUUCUGUGACAAUCAGGAAGCAUCACAGCAACAGCAUCAGUAACCUGCACUUUACCCAGCACAGGAUCCAAGAGUCGCUCCGAGUCGCCUCGCUGACCUCAAAGGAGUAUGACCUUCCCACUUACGUGUACCUGAGGCUGAGCUACCGGGAAGAGGCUCUCACCUUCCUCACUAUAAAUGAUUUGAUCCACACCAUAGGAGAGAGCGCUGCGCUGGGAGCUGCAGGAUUCGUCAUCUGGGGAGAUGUAAACUUGACCUCAUCCAGGCAUAACUGCACCCUCGUCAAGUCCUUCCUGAGCCACCGCCUUGGUCAGUACAUCACCAAUGUGACACGGGCAGCAGAAAUCUGCAGUGAUUUCCUGUGCCAGAGUAAUGGCCGCUGUAUCCGCCGGGACACCCAUGCCCGCCAUUACCUCCACCUGAGUGCUGACAGUUACCGCAUCAUUCCCUCUGGCGAUGGCGACUUUACUGUAACUGGCUGGCAUUCUCAGCACGAACUGCAGCUACUACUAGAGAGGUUUCGCUGCCACUGCUAUGAAGGCCAUAAGGGUGAAAACUGUGACAGCAUCAACAAAGUGAGAGAAGACGAUGGGCCGUGGGGGGAGGAGGAGGAUGAGCAAGACAAGAAAAGGAUGGAGUGGGAGGAUGAACAGGGUGAACAGCCAGAGGCAGGAGAGAGUGCUGCACCGCUGACUGGCUUCAGUCAUCAUUUAAGUUUGUUGAUGCUUCUGUUGCAUUUAUCACUAGUAAAGAUAGAUGUAUGAA